GGAGCGAAACAAACACCUCAAUGAUUGUGUGCGUCUUGAAACAUGGAAAUAUUAAACUACUGGAAGUGAGUAAAACAGUAAUUGCUUUAAAACUGAAGAAUCAAACCCGUUGUCGAAAUGUCUGCCGUCGAUUACAACCGCCUGAUCUUCGAAAUAAGCGAGAGACUAGAUAAACUGAAUGUGGGAAGGAAGUUGAUCGCCAUGUGUAGGGGGAAGGUGGCGCCUCGAAGCGAAGGAAACGAACAAGAUGCUUUCUCGUUGUUCGAAGAACUGGAAAAAAAAGGAUUUCUGGCACCUGAUCGUCUGGAUGUAUUGAAAGACCUGUUAAAAGGUGUCAAGGAAUGGCCUUUUUUGGAAGAAGUUGAAAAAUUUGAGAGCAAAAGAAGGGAAUAUGACGUUUUACUUACGCAAAUUAUUCGAGAACUCGACGAGCUAAAUGAUGUGGAGCGGUUCGUCUCAAUUUGCAGAGAAAAGAUACCGCAAGAGAGGCAAGGCAACAUUCGUAAUGUGCGAUCACUGUUUAAGGAACUGGAAAAUAACAACUGCCUGGAAAUUAACCGUCUUGGCAUCUUGAAAGAGAUUUUGGCUCAAACGGAGAAAAGAGAUCUGUUAGCUACGGUUAAGGAGUUUGAGGAGCGCAGAAGUCGGGAAGAUAAGUUUGAAAGACGAAAAGGUAUGCCCCGUGCAUUGAAUGUCUUUUGCUGAUUAUUUCCUUUUUGUUGUUCGUUUGAGUUUUUCAGUCCCCAGUUGUCCACAGUUUAAGACCGACUUCGAACCACAUCGACGACAUAGUGAAUAUGCGAUAUUAAACUUUAUUUAAUUUUUUUUUUAGAACAAGUGGCUGAUAUUUUGUCGGCGGCCAGGAGUAAUUUGACUGGAGGUAACUAUUAGUGUUAUUAAAACUAGAGGUUCCAUAUUGGAAGUGAAGUGCGGCCCCUUGUAGAAAGAUCAAGGGGUUGAAACGGUAAUAAAUAAUCUAUUGUAUCUCAGUUUAGGAUAUCAAAUGGUCUUCAAGGUUGGAAGAUUAAAAAAGGCGAGAGUAAAUUGUUGCCUCCCUCUCAGCCGUUUCUGUCUCGUCAAAGCUAGGAGCGUUGCGUGACGCGACAAAAGGAAGUCUAUGAUGUACAAAAUACAUAGUUGAGUUAUGUUGUAUUUUUUAAGCGUGUUUUUAUCUUCAGCUUUAUCCUUAUGUGUGACUCUAAUUCGGAACCUGCUUUUUCUUAGAAUUAGUUUCAAAUAAAAACAAACAUAGAGCAAAAUGCAAGCAAUGAAUUUCCAAAGAUUUUAAUCAAUAACAACAAGCAUUUAUAUAUCUCACUAAUGUAUUAUCGGUAUGUUUUUAAAAUAAACGCUGUAUAAUGAAAGGUUGUAUAUAAAAUGCACGUACACUCCAAAAUUGGUUUGGAUUGUUACUGACACAAUAAAGACAUAUUUAAAACUGAGAAAGGUUUCAGAAAGCAUCUUCGAUUUAGCGAAUUGUAACUGGACUGUACAUAUUGUAUUCAUUUUUUUAAGUCAUGAGAUCAAUACAAAUAAGUAUUUUAAAUGAACAGGAAAACCGUAAUUCAGUUUGCCCACCUCGGUGAGCAAAUCGCUUAUUUGAUUCUGAUUCGCCUCUUUGCCAGGGCAAAUUAUGGCCUCAAUUGUAAUUCUGUUUGCUCGUCUCGUUGCUCCAUUUACCUCCUUAGAAAAAGUAGUAAACUACAACAGGAAGGUUACCUGCUAAAAACGAUUCUGCUGAGCUGAUUGUUUAGGGCGCUUUGAAACUAAACGUUCGCUACCUUCCCAAAAUACAUAACUUUUCAACUGACAUGACAAGCGAAUAAGUAACUUACCGGAACAUAUUAAACUGUUCCUUGCACUCGCGUCCGCCUCUUGACUGCCAACCUCAUACUAUGUCUAACCAACAGGUUGCAGAUUCAAGAAUGCUAAGAAACUCUUUUUAAAACAAGUUUAUCGCCAUUUCCUUUUAAAGCGUGUUCAGAAAGAAUCAUAGAUUUUCACUUUCUAGCGCUCACAAAAUUCUCGGAUAAAAAAUUUCGGCCGCUAUUGUACUUUGCUUGUAUGCUGGAUAGGGUGCUACGCGGCGGGGACUGGGAACUGAUAAAACAUCGAAACAAACUUCCAAAGUAGCAAACAAGCUACCCGACAAAUCGAGUUCUCAGACGCUUUCAAGACAAAAAUAGGUAGCUGCCCUGGGCGGGCCGCAAUCAACGGUUACAAACAUAUUAAAUAAAAGGAGAAGAAAUUUUGUUUAAAAGCGUCAGUGUUAAAAAUUUUUUUCUAACACGGAAAGUGUCAAAUACUAAGGCUCACGUUAAAGUGAGUUCUAUAUAUAGUUCUCAGUUUUCCUUAUAGGCCCUUUGCAGCCAGCCGGUUCACUUGCUGGAGAGCAAACGUCGUAUUGGGGCAAGAAAAAAAAGGAAAUUACCAUUAAAAUUAUGUAUGUCUUUUGUUUGUCUUGUCCAAGUACGACUUUUGCCCUACACCGUGAUGGUUU